AUGGAAACGAUCAAUGUUGUGAUUGAUGAUGCACCAUCCACUCAAUCACAGGAUGUGGAAACAGAUGUUGAACCAUCCCCUGACAAUUCUGAUGAGAUGAUACAAAGUGAAAAGUCUGAACUAAAAGGUGAGGAAUCUGAUCAAGACUCUGUACCUGCCCCAACAAAAGCACCAUCUAUUAGGACACAGAAGAAUCACCCUAAAGAUCUAAUCAUAGGUGAUCCAGACCAGGGCAUUGCUACCAGAAGAAAGAUUGAUGCUAUCUCAAACACUUGUUUUAUCAAAAACAAACUUGCUGAUACUGUGAAAACAAGAUCAAAAUCUAAGAAGGAAGGAUCAACUGUUGUGGUCAAUGCGACGCCCAUAUCAAGUAUCCCUGCUACUAGUUCGAAAAAGAAGAAAUCUGCAAAAUCCACUAAGAAAGUAAGUGAAUCGUCUCCCUCAAUUUCUAUUAAGUCUGAUACUGUUAAGUCUAAGAAGAAGAAACCCCAAUCUCCCGUAAAAAGGGGUUUGAGCAUGUCUGAUCUAUACUUGAAUAAGGAUCCUUCUGAAACUGCGAAUGUGGAAUCGCAUGAUGUUGCCUCCGGCAAAAAUGCGAAUGUUGAAUCGUCUAAUAAAGUUAAUGAAGAAAGUGUUAAGUCUGUGUUUGAAAAGGUGAAUCAAGAAACCCCUUCUGCAAAGGAAAACCCUAGUUCUGUUGAAACCCUAGGAAAAACCCAAAAUAUUGCUGAGAAUGUUGUUGUGAGCAAUAAUCCUAGUGUUCCUGAGAAUAUGGCAGUUCCCACGAAUGUCAUAACUGAUGUUACUGAAAAAUCCCAAGAAAAGGCUGUUGUAACCGAUGCUCCAACCGGUGUUGAGCCAUCCUCUAUACCAACUGUGUUGGAACAAAAUUGA